AUCCUGCCCCGCCCGACAGAGCACUGACUCGACGUUAUCUGACUGCGUGAGUGCCACGGAGGGAACUUCACAGUCAAAAGUACACAGACUUUAUUAAUUGUUGAUGAGCACGAAGUCCAAUGGUCACCGCCGCCCGCCUGGCCUUUGAAUGUCUGCGUCGCCGCUUCUAACGAGGCAGUCAGACUGCACGAGGACUUGAGUGGGUUUGCAGCAGCCGGGUACGUCUGCGGUGAUUAAAGAGAGGAAAAACAGAAAAAAGUUAGGCCGGGGUAUCGCAGGCAUGUCGGAGCCAAACAGAUUCGUGAGCCCGUUUCACAGACCCCGGUGCCUGGCGGCUGCAGCUCCGGCGGGGAAAGCCAAGUUAACGCACCCUGGAAAGGCGAUCCUGGCAGGUGGGAUUGCUGGAGGCAUCGAGAUCUGCAUCACCUUCCCAACAGAGUACGUUAAAACACAGCUGCAGCUCGACGAGAAAGCAAACCCCCCCAAGUACAAAGGAAUCGCUGACUGUGUGAAGCAGACGGUGAACAGUCAUGGGGUGAGGGGACUUUACAGAGGUCUGAGCUCGCUGGUCUACGGAUCUAUACCCAAAGCAGCCGUCAGGUUCGGGGUGUUUGAGUUCCUCAGUAAUAAGAUGCGGGAUGAGAGCGGUAAGCUGGACAGCAAGCGAGGAUUCCUCUGCGGUCUGGGGGCUGGAGUUGCCGAGGCCGUCUUUGUAGUCUGUCCGAUGGAGACAGUUAAGGUUAAAUUUAUUCAUGAUCAAACAUCAGCAAACCCUAAGUACAGAGGAUUUUUUCAUGGGGUGAGGGAGAUUAUCAGAUCUCAAGGUCUGAAGGGGACCUAUCAGGGCCUGACAGCCACUGUUCUAAAGCAAGGCUCCAAUCAGGCCAUCCGCUUCUAUGUCAUGACCUCCCUGAGGAACUGGUACAAAGGUGAUGACCCCAACAAAACCAUCAACCCUGUGCUAACUGGACUGUUUGGAGCCGUGGCUGGUGCUGCCAGCGUGUUCGGAAACACUCCGCUGGAUGUCAUUAAGACCAGGAUGCAGGGUCUCGAAGCUCACAAAUACAAAAGCACAGUGGACUGCGCCGUUCAGAUCAUGAAGCACGAAGGACCAAUGGCGUUCUACAAAGGUACUGUGCCUCGGUUGGGUCGGGUGUGCAUGGACGUGGCCAUAGUCUUCAUCAUCUAUGAGGAAGUCGUCAAGGUCCUGAACGUAGUUUGGAAGACGGACUGAGAUGGACACCUCGGUGCUACAAGAGCAGGAUUGUAACAGGCCAUCAGCAUCACUAAACAGGCCAAAGCCAGCCUCCUUAAAUCCUGCUUUUAGGUUCUAAUGUCUACCUCCAAGUAUUUUCAGACAGAGUAAAAGGAAGGGGUUGGUUUUAUUUUAGAUUUUAUUUAUAGUGCAGCAAGAGUAGAAGCAUUAUCUGCACAAAAAAACAACAAAAAGAAGCUGUAGGUUGCAGAAUUACCGCUCACAGUUGCUCUUUUUUCUUUGAUUUCCAGGAGGGGAAAGUUCCUAAAGAGCUCAGGGAACGAACGAUUAGAGAAAUGGGAGCGCUGUCAGCACAAAGUAACGCUGUGUGCACUUGAUCAAAGAGAAAGCGAUGCCACAUCCAACAUAAUGUGACUUAGACACCAGAGAAAAAGACAUUAUACUUAAAGAAGAUGAAUUACAUCAGAAAUAUUCAACAGCCCUUUUUAGAAGUACUUGUUUUUCCCAAUCGGUACCGAUGGAAUGAUAAAUAUUCAGAUGUCAGAUGCUCCUGAAACACAAUAACAUUAAGAACUAAAUGCCUUAAAUCAAGAUUGUCAAAAUACUCUCAGUACAGAUCAUUUCAUUAGAUUGUACAUAUCUUAUUUAGAAAUGCACAUUUCUUUAAAGACAAGGUUGAGGGGAGGAUUCAUUUUUCAUUUGCAGAGAUGUUUUAUGUUAAUUUACUAAACUAAUGCCGUAAAAAGUGCCUAUGAUUCAUUUUUUGAUGUUUUAGAUUAAGAAUG